AUGCCUCAAAACGAGUAUAUUGAGCAGCAUAUCAAGCAGCAUGGUCGUAGACUCGAUCACGACGAAAGAAUCCGUAAGAGAGAGGCCAGAGAGUCGCACAAGGUCUCCGAAAGAGCUCAGAAACUGACCGGAUGGAAGGGUAAACAGUUUGCCAAGAAACGGUACGCCGAAAAAGUGGCUCUGCGUAAGAAAAUCAAGGCCCACGAACAAUCAAAGGUCAAGGGCCCAUCAAAGCCCAUGGAGGACUCUGGGGAAGCUCUGCCUACGUAUUUGCUGGACAGAGAGCAGAACAACACGGCCAAGGCCAUUUCGUCGUCUAUCAAGCAGAAACGUCUUGAGAAGGCCGACAAGUUCUCGGUGCCUUUGCCUAAGGUGCGUGGUAUCAGUGAAGAGGAGAUGUUCAAGGUGGUGAAAACCGGUAAGUCCAAGAGCAAGAGCUGGAAACGUAUGAUCACCAAACACACGUUUGUGGGAGAAGGGUUUACCAGAAGACCUGUAAAGACCGAGCGUAUCAUCAGACCCAGUGCGCUGAGACAGAAGAAGGCGAACGUGACGCACCCUGAGUUGGGCGUCACGGUGUUUCUGCCGAUUCUGAGUGUGAAGAAGAACCCACAAUCGCCAAUGUACACUCAACUGGGUGUUUUGACGAAAGGUACGGUCAUCGAAGUUAACGUUUCCGAGCUGGGUAUGGUCACCGCGGGUGGUAAAGUUGUAUGGGGUAAGUACGCGCAGAUCACGAACGAGCCAGACAGAGACGGAUGUGUCAAUGCGGUGCUUUUGGUGUGA